UCAACACUCCUAAACAUAAAAUUUGGCCAUUACAAUCAGCAAUAAUCAGAACAGCCUAUUUCUGCUCUCUUCAUGUAAAAAUAAAAACUACAAAUAUAGGUAUGGCAGGAGAGAGUGUAGGAUUAAGUGACGAGUUAAUCGGUCGAGCUUGCGCCGUAGCCAUAAAAGCUCACAAGUCACCAACUGAUAAGCCGUAUAUAUGUGAGACAUCUAGGAGCUCGUUGUCAGAGGUGAUCUUUGGGUUCACAGGAACUUGGGAUUUGGGUGACUGGUUUACACAUAAGCCUUUUGGAGAGGCAAAGAUCAACCUUAAUCACUUCCCAUCUCUUAAAACUAUUGGCAGCAACGAAGCCGCAACAGUAAACCAAGCAUAUCUUCAAAGAUUUGAAGCGCUAUUGGCAAAAACAUCAUUCAAGAAUGAGGUGGAAAAAGCUGCAACAGGGAAGCAGAUAGUGUUUACAGGACAUUCCUCAGGUGCAGCAACAGCUAUCUUUGCAACUCUUUGGUUCUUGGAAUCCUGGAACCAGAGACGCAUCAACCAUGGCCCGCCCCGCUGUAUAACCUUUGGAUCACCACUCGUGGGUGACAAAGUAUUAACCCAUGCUGUUAAACGAGAACAUUGGAGUCAAUAUUUCACACACUUAAUCAUGAGAUAUGAUAUCAUCCCUAGAAUUUCCCUCACUCCUCUUCCCUCUAUAGAGAAAGAAUUGCAGACGAUUCUUCAUUACUACAAUCCAAAAUCUCCCUUUUUCGCAAGUGAUUCUGUAGGAAGAACAGCAGAAGCUUCAACGUUCAUUCUGACAGUGAUGAGAAACGUCUCAUUAGUGACCAGUCGUGCAGCCUGCAAAUUCAUGGGGUGUACAAACUUGUUACUGGAAAAUGUGACCAAUUUCAUUGAGCUUAGCCCUUACAGACCUUUUGGGACCUAUGUCUUCUGCAUUGGGAAUGGAAAAUUUGUCACUAUAAGAAAUUCUGAUGCCAUUCACCAAAGUUUGUUUUACUGCCUUCAGCUAGGCUCUGAAUCAGAGUGGAAUGAGGUAGCCCAGAGAAGCCUGAAAGAGCAUUUAAUCUAUGAGCAUGAAUUACUCGAGAGCAUGGCAAUGCGCCGUGUAGCUUACUUGGAGCAUCUGGAAGAUCUGCCUUUAUCGACAGAAAACAUAGGAGAAGGUGAAAAUUUCAAUGUAUGUGGUGCUUUGAAUGAUCUAGGCUUGAGUGCAAGAGCCAGACUGUGUCUUCGAGCUGCAGGAGAGCUAGAAAAACAGAAAGUUAGAAACCAAAUCAAGAUCAGCAGCAACAAGAACAAAAUCAGAGAUGUGCUGGAUAUGCUUGAAAGAUAUCAAGCCAAUAGUGAGGUUCGGAAAAUAGGAUACUAUGACGCCUUUAAGAUGCAAAAGCACACUGAAGACUUCCACAACAACAUUAGGAGAUUGGAAUUAGCAGGCAUAUGGGAUGAGAUAUUGAGAUUGUUGAAAAGAAACGAGUUACCUGAUGAAUUUGAGGGGAAUAAAGAGUGGAUUGAGAUUGGUACUUGGUACAGGCGCCUUGUUGAGCCCUUGGAUAUAGCCAACUACUACCGCCAUUUAAAGAAUGAGGACACUGGAUCAUACAUGGACAAAGGUAGACCAUCACGUUACAGAUACACACAAAAAUGGCGUGAACAUGUGGAGAAAUUGAAGGCUGAACCAGUGCCAGAAUCCUGCUUCUGGGCUGAGGUUGAGGAGCUUUGCAUUAGUACUCGCAACACACAGCUCUUUGAAAAUGUCAAGGAGAGAGUUCUCCAUCUUGAAAGAAAUGUAGCAUUAUGGGCCCAGAAUGAGCUGCUGGGCAAAGACGUAUUCUUAAAUGAAUCCUCCUUUGUCCAGUGGUGGAAGAGGCUCCCUAUCCAACACAGAUCAGUAUCUUGCAUCAAGGAUCUAUUUCAAGUAUAAUAAUAAUAUAUAUACUCCAGUCUCUUUCGGAAUCAGCAAUUUGCAAGAAAACAAUUUACAUGUUUAGGAAAAAAAUGUUUUUCUUUUUUUUUCGAAUUUUCCCUGUAAACAGACAACAGCUGUGGCACUGGAGAGAUGCAUAGCACUCUACCAAUAAAUAGAUAAUUGUGGGUUCAGAUUCUGAAAUA